AUGGGACAGGAUUCCCCCGUUUUUGUAAAAUCUGCCAACAAUCUUUCGACACCCGACAAAAAUGGCGACACCAUCAAAUCUUAUUUUUACUCAUUUGAAUUAAAGAAACACAUUGCUUCACAUAGCAACGAGCGGAAUUUCCACUGCCAAUCAUGCAGUUCUGCAUUUUUUUCCAAACCUGAUCUUGCCAAACACAUUAUUUGGCUACACAGUAAACAGUUCCCACACAAAUGUGAUAUCUGUGAUCAAGGCUUCGUUGCGAAAGCUAAACUAGAACUUCACCGUAAAGUUGAACAUGAAGGUGUACGUUUUGUUUGUGAGGUGUGUAAAAAAAAAUUUAAAUGUCACGGUAGUUACAAAAUGCACAUGAAGAAGCACGAUCCUGAUCAUGUUCAACUUGUGUACAAGUGUGAACACUGCCUUAAACUUUUCUGUUCGCCGUAUCAGUAUAAGAAGCAUUUGAGGAGACAUGAAGGUGAUGCGUGGAUUUGUGAUACUUGUGGUAAAGCUUUGACUUCAAAAAAUGGUUUAGUUCAGCAUAAAAUGGUACAUUCUGGGGAAAAACGAUACGUUUGUCACGUUUGCGGGAAGGGUUUUGUUAGGGCCGAUGCAUUAAAAGUACACGUUCGGGUUCAUACCAAGAAAAAACCGUAUAAAUGUAGUUUAUGCGAGAAGUCUUUUACGCAACGUACCAGUUUAGUUAUUCAUAUGCGGGUUCAUACGGGAGAAAAGCCAUACAGUUGCGAUAACAAGUAUGCCUCGCGCGCGGAAAUGUCGGGUUCGAGCUACGGGCUCGGUGUUGGUGUCGGUGUCGGUGUCACUGUCGAGGUCACCGAGACCGGUCUGAACUUCAGGGGGCAGAAGUGGUGUACAGAUAACUCUCGGAACUCUAAGUGCAGAAGUUGCUUGACGAAUGAUUCUUGCAUCCAGGUGUAUUGCGCGGUAGUAAUUGUGAUCGAGAGGGCGCUACAACUAUUUAAUAAAAUGUGUUCAAUUGAUAUUUAUAUCACUAAUUUUAGUCACCAUAGGCCACUAAUAACGGAAUUAAAUGAUAGGGAUAAAGAUACCGAAGGCGAUAACGGAGGGGACCACGACACCGCAGCGCAGCAGCAGAAAAUUACGUUCACCGAGAACGAUGACGCAAGGCAAGAGUCCGUGACAGGAGCACAUGAGAAAAAAAAGGUCAGUCGAGCAGACGAACUGACAAAUGAAGGUUGGUCAGCAGAAUCCCGUGUCGAGCAGUUAGGUGCAUCGGUCUAG